AUGACCAGCGAACGCAGACCCUCUGGCGCAUACCACCUCACCGGCGCAGACAUCGUCGAAAGAGUCGAUGACCUCAGCUCCGGAGGCGGAUGGGAAGAACUGAACCGCCGCGCUCAUCACGCUGAAACGGGUGAAUCGCAGCAGUCGCAGCCGAAGUCAAGUACUCAAUCUAAGCAAGCUCCGGACAGGUCGCAGUCGUUUAGGCCGUAUAAUCCUAACCAGGGAACCGAGCAAAGUGACGACCUGCUGCCGGAUGAGUAG